AUGGUAUCCGAUCUGUCAGCUGCGUCGAUCAAACGUCGAUCUUCCUAUGAUAAUCUCAGCUCGUCUGGGUGUGCGAGGCCUCUGAAUGUCGUGGACGGGAGCACGCUGUAUCGCUGUGCGUCUCUGGGCCACUUCGACAUGAUCGAGUGGCUGCUGAAGAACAAGUUGGCGUCUCCAAGUUUCGCGCUGACAAUGAAAGAGCGUGAGAUCCCAUCCACCACUGCUCGUCCUGGGUUCGACCCGUUCGCGUGGGCACUACCAGCCAAGACGAGCCCGUACUGGCAGACCAAGCUCGUCCGUCUCGCGGUUAAAUACUGUCCCGAAGCCUCAUUGAGUCUCGAGUGGAUGCCGCUGUGGGCUGCGCAGCGUGGAGAUCUCUUCGUCCUGAAGCAGCUUUACAGUGUCAAGCACCCGCAAUUGUUCACGCAUCAGACUUUUACUGCGAUCAUGCGAUACACCAGGGCCGGAGACGUGCUUCAAUGGUUCCAGACUCACAGCUCGACGCUGAUGGGCGACUCGUCUAUCGUGGAAUGGGGCGUCAAGUACCGACAGUUUCCGUACCUCGCGUACGUCUUCCUCAAGUUCCAACCCGUACGCACUGAGGAGCGAUUCCGGCAACACGGCGUGGAGUACGCACUUCACGUGGCUUGUGCAAUGGGCCACCUGGACGUGGUGACUUGGAUCUGCGGCAACUGCGAGAUUUUCCUCAAUGUGCCGGCUGCAGAGCUUCACGCGAAGCUAGGCCGACUCUCGAUCUGGAACGAGGCGUUGAUUGCUGCUGCGCGUUGCGGACAGAUCGGGAUCCUCGCGUGGCUGCACGAGAAGUUCACGUUCUUCCGUAAAGUGCCUGAAAGUUCACGUAAGAUGAAACUUGUCAAGACGAUGGCGACUAGCGCGGCCAGUUACGGUCAACUUCGGGUGUUGCGGUGGCUCCAAGCGACUGUGGAAACCAGCUUCGUGUCGACUGACGGACUGCUGCAGGCGAUGGUGAAUCGCCAUGUUGACGUGGUGCAGUGGGUUUGCGCUGUGGACAUUGAUCUCGUCAGCCGUCAAACGGCAACAAGGCGCGGAGAGCUCGCGACCUUCCUCCGGGAGGAGGCCGAAGGAUUCGUCCCGUCCAAGUUGGGAUUUGUCUUCCCGCCGCUGUGA